GCAACAGCCCGCAAUGUCGCACACUAUAAUCAAAUUAUUGUUAUUAGUCGCCGGUGUGGCUGUGUGUGUCAGUGUCACACAGGAUACACAUGAUGUAAGGGAAUCAAGGGUAGUGCAGACCGCACAGGGGCCCGUGAGGGGAUAUAAGAAGGAUGAUGUCUUCUAUUUUUACGGGAUCCCAUAUGCCACGGCGCCUACUGGAACGCGCAGAUUCACUGCACCGCUACCAGGACCAGUAUGGAUGAACCCACUUAAAGCAGUCAAUGAUAAGAUAAUUUGUCCACAAGGCAAAUUACCAAUGCUAGAUUUAUCUAAUUAUGACAUGCGCGAAGACUGUCUUGUGGCAAACAUCUAUAUGCCCGAUACAGAGGACACUAAUCUUCCUGUCGUGGUCUAUGUCCAUGGAGGAGGUUACCAUAUAGGAGCUGGAGCCAUUACGUCACCAAGCCCAUUAGUGCGCACCAAAAAAGUAAUAGCUGUCACUUUCAAUUAUCGCUUGGGAGCGCACGGAUUCCUCUGUCUGGGCACAGAUAAUGCUCCCGGUAACGCAGGCAUGAAAGACCAAGUAGCGCUGCUUCGAUGGGUACAGAAGAACAUCGCCAGCUUUGGGGGAAAUCCCAAUGAAGUCACUAUUGCUGGGUACAGCGCAGGCUCAUCAGCAGUGGACCUCCUGAUGCUCUCAGAAAUGACAACGGGUCUUUAUAAUAAAGUUAUACCCGAGAGCGGUGCAAGUGUAGCUGUAUGGAGCGUUCAACUUGAUCCUGUUCAGAAUGCAAAGGAUUUUGCUAAGCAGCUUAACUUCACUAACGCUGAUAAUAUCAAUAGUUUGGAAGAAUUCUACUCAACUCUAUCAUUUGAGGCUUUGACGUCGGAUAUUUUCUUCGAUAAGGAGGAUUCAAAUUUUUUGUUUUCACCUUGUGUUGAGCGUGACACCGGCGUUGAAAUGUUCCUUGAUGAUGCUCCAAUUAACAUUUUAAGACAAGGAAAAUACAGAAAAGUGCCUGUCCUGUAUGGAUUUGCAAAUAUGGAAGGUUUAUUUCGGGUUCCAUGGUUUGAACAAUGGAAAGAAUCAAUGAAUGAAAGAUUUUCAGACUUUUUGCCAGCUGAUUUGCAGUUUAAAAACAAGGAAGAAAAGGAGCGUAUUGCAAAACAUAUUAAAGAAUUUUAUUUUGGUGAUAAACGCAUAUCGGCUGAAAAUAUUCAAGGGUUUAUCGAUUACUUCUCUGAUGUCAUUUUUACAUUUCCUCAUUUGAGAUCAGUUAAGCUGCAAGUGGAGGCUGGUAGUGAUUCAAUAUACCUUUAUGAAUAUUCGUUCUUUAGGCCACAUCCCGAAAAUGCUGGUAUUCCAGAAUAUGUGAAAAAUAUCAAAGGAGCAGGUCAUUGUGCCCAGACUUUUACGGUACUGGAAUCUGGUGCAUUUGGCGUUAAUCUUGGUCCUGAGUCUGAUGAAUACAAGAAAAUGAAGAAUAUUAUGGUUGAACUUUGGGUUAACUUUAUCACUACAGGUAAACCAGUACCCGAGGGAUCAAAUCUCCCUUCUUGGCCCCCGGUUGGUGCUAACAGGUCUCCCUAUAUGUCUCUAGGAGAAGAGAUAAAGCUGAAAGGGCCUCUCUUGGAGGAACGUACACACUUUUGGGAGGACAUCUACGGGCGCUUCUACAGAUCUCCAGUGGCACCAUCCACGCGCAAACUUAGAAGUGAACUCUCACAGUCAGUGUCACGGCAACAGCCCGCCAUGCCGCACACCAUAAUCAAAUUAUUGUUAUUACUCGCCGGAGUAACAGUGUGUGUUACACAGGAUACACAGGACGCAAGGGAAUCAAGGGUAGUGCAGACCGCACAGGGGCCCGUGAGGGGAUAUAAGGAGGAUGAUAUCUUCUAUUUUUACGGGAUCCCGUAUGCCACGGCGCCUACUGGAACGCGCAGGUUCACCGCGCCGCUUCCAGGACCAAUAUGGAUGAAUCCACUUGAAGCAGUUAAUGAUAAGAUAAUUUGUCCCCAGGGCAAAUAUCCAAUGCUAGACUCAUCUCAUUUUGACAUGCGAGAAGACUGUCUUGUAGCAAACGUCUAUGUUCCUGAAACAGAAGAGACUAAUCUCCCUGUCGUAGUCUAUGUCCAUGGAGGAGCUUACCAAUUAGGAGCCGGAGUGCUUGGUUCACCAAGCCCAUUAGUCCGCACCAAAAAAGUAAUAGCUGUCACUUUCAACUAUCGCUUAGGAGCCCACGGAUUCCUCUGUCUGGGCACAGAAAAUGCUCCAGGUAACGCAGGCAUGAAAGACCAAGUCGCGCUGCUACGAUGGGUACAAAAGAACAUCGCCAACUUUGGAGGUAAUCCCAAUGAAGUCACUAUUGCUGGGUACAGCGCCGGCUCAUCAGCAGUGGACCUCUUGAUGCUCUCAGAUACGACCAAGGGUCUAUAUAAUAAAGUUAUACCCGAGAGCGGUGCAAGUGUAGCUGUAUGGAGCGUUCAACUGGAUCCUGUUCAGAAUGCAAAGGAUUUUGCUAAGCAGCUUAACUUCACUAACGUUGAUAAUAUCGAUAGUUUGGAAGAAUUCUACUCAACUUUGUCAUAUGAAGCUUUGACGUCAGAUGUCUUUCUUGAUAGGAAGGAUUCAAAUUUUUUGUUUUCCCCUUGUGUUGAGCGUGACACCGGCGUUGAAAUAUUCCUGGGUGACACUCCAAUAAAUAUUUUAACACAAGGAAAAUACAGAAAAGUACCAGUCCUGUAUGGAUUUGCCAACAUGGAAGGUUUAUUCCGGGCUCCAUUGUUUGAGCAGUGGCAAGAAUUAAUGAAUGAAAGAUUUUCAGAUUUUUUGCCAGCUGAUUUGCAGUUUAAAAACAAUGAAGAAAAGGAGAGUAUUGCAAGAGAUAUUAAAGAAUUUUAUUUUGGUGAUAAACGCAUAUCAGCUGAAACUAUUCAAGGGUUUAUCGAUUACUUCUCUGAUGUCAUAUUUGCAUUUCCCCAUUUGAGAUCAGUUAAGCUGCAAGUGGAGGCUGGCAGUGAUUCAAUAUACCUUUACGAAUAUACGUUCUUCAGGCCACAUCCCGAAAAUGCUGGUAUUCCAGAAUACGUGAAAAAUAUCAAAGGAGCAAGUCACUGUGCUCAAACUUUUACGAUACUGGAAUCCGGUGCAUUUGGCGUUGACGUUGGUCCCGAUUCUGAUGAAUACAAGAAAAUGAAGAAUAUUAUGGUUGAACUUUGGGUGAAUUUUAUCACUACAGAUAAACCAGUACCCGAAGGAUCAAAUCUCCCUCCUUGGCCCCCGGUUGGUGCUAACGGGUCUCCCUAUAUGUCUCUAGGAGAAGAGAUAAAGCUGAAAGGACCUCUCUUGGAGGAACGUACACGCUUUUGGGAGGACAUCUACGGACGCUUCUACAGAUCUCCAGUGGCACCAUCUCCACGCAAAGUUAGAAGCGAACUCGUAAUAUACAAGUUCGCAAUGCCGCACACUAUAUUCAAAUUAUUGUUAUUAGUCGCCGGUGUGACUGUGUGUGUCACACAGGAUACACAGGAUGUAAGGGAAUCAAGGGUAGUGCAGACCGCACAGGGGCCCGUGAGGGGAUAUAAGAAGGAUGAUAUCUUCUAUUUUUACGGGAUCCCGUAUGCCACGGCGCCUACUGGAACGCGCAGGUUCACCGCACCGCUUCCAGGACCAGUAUGGAUGAACACACUUGAAGCAAUCAAUGAUAAGAUACUUUGCCCUCAGGGCAAAGUUCGGAUGAGUAACUUCCCAUUAGAUUUUGUCAUGCGAGAAGACUGUCUUGUAGCAAACGUCUACGUACCUGAAACAGAAGAAACUAAUCUCCCUGUCGUGGUCUACGUGCAUGGGGGAGCUUACCAAUUCGGAGCCGGAGCGUUUGGCUCACCAAGCCCACUAGUGCGCACCAAAAAAGUAAUAGCUGUCACUUUCAACUAUCGCUUAGGAGUGCACGGAUUCCUCUGUCUCGGUACAGAAAAUGCUCCAGGUAACGCAGGCAUGAAAGACCAAGUCGCGCUACUUCGAUGGGUACAAAAAAACAUCGCUAGCUUUGGGGGAAAUCCCAAUGAAGUCACUAUUGCUGGGUACAGUGCAGGAUCAUCAGCAGUGGACCUCCUGAUGCUCUCAGAAACGACCAAGGGUCUAUAUAAUAAAGUUAUACCCGAGAGCGGUCCAAGUGUAGCUGUAUGGAGCGUUCAACUUGAUCCCGUUCAGAAUGCAAAGUAUUUUGCUAAGCAGCUUAAUUUCACUAACGUUGAUAAUAUCAAUAGUUUGGAAGAAUUCUACUCAACUUUGUCAUAUGAAGCUUUGAUGUCAGAUGAUUUCCUGGAUAGGAAGGAUUCAAAUUUUUUGUUUUCACCUUGUGUUGAACAUGAUACCGGCGUUGAAAUGUUCCUGGACGACACUCCAGUUAACAUUUUAACUCAAGGAAAAUACAGAAAAGUACCAGUCCUGUACGGAUUUGCCAAUAUGGAAGGUUUAUUCCGGGUUCCAUUGUUUGAGCAGUGGCAAGAAUUAAUGAAUGAAAGAUUUUCAGACUUUUUGCCAGCUGAUUUGCAGUUUAAAAACAACGAAGAAAAGGAGCGUAUUGCGAAAGAUACUAAGGAAUUUUAUUUUGGAGAUAAACGGAUAUCAGCUGAAACUAUUCAAGGGUUUAUCGAUUACUUCUCUGAUGUCAUAUUUGGGUUUCCUCAUUUGAGAUCAGUUAAGCUGCAAGUGGAGGCUGGUAGUGAUUCAAUAUACCUUUAUGAAUAUUCGUUCUUCAGGCCACAUCCCGAGAAUGCUGGUAUUCCAGAAUACGUGAAAAAUAUCAAAGGAGCAGGUCACUGUGCCCAGACUUCUACGGUAUUGGAAAUCGGUGCAUUUGGCGUUAAUCUUCCUGAUUCUGAUGAAUACAAGAAAAUGAAGAGUAUCAUGGUUGAACUUUGGGUGAACUUUAUCUCUACAGGUAAACCAGUACCCGAAGGAUCAAAUCUCCCUCCUUGGCCUCCGGUUGGUGCUAACAGUUCUCCCUAUAUGUCUCUAGGAGAAGAGAUAAAGCUUAAAGGGUCUCUCUUGGAGGAACGCACACUCUUUUGGGAAGACAUCUACGGCCGUUUCUACAAAUCUCCAAUGGCACCAUCUCCACGCAAAGAUAGAAGCGAACUUUAAGACGAAAAAUUUUUUCUAUAAUAAUUAUUUCCUAUUCUACUUCUUCUUCCAGUGCCAUCUCCUACCGGAGGUCAGCUAUCAUGAGGGCUAUACGAACUUACUUUAGACACAGCUGCGCGGAAUAAUGAGCGUGUGCUCUGUUUGAACCAUGUUCGGAGGUUUUUGAGCCAUGAGCUACGUCUU